UGUCCUUUUUUUCCUACUGUGUGCGAGCGAAAUCAUGUGAGGCGUAGCUACGCUCUGUGUCUUCCGACCAGAGGACAGUGUGAGCAGAACGAGUUACGAACCCUUCGGAUAUAGGCUGUGUCUUACCCGAAUAUUAUCAAAUGGAAUAAACCACAGAAAGCAAACGGCACAAAGUAAUUAAAGCAACAGAUUCUCUACCGAAAGUUGGGUAUUCAACUUUGGAAUAUAUCAUAAAGAAUGCACUUCUCCCCACUGCUACUGACCAGCGCUGUGGUCUUGAUCAGCGCUGUGGUCUCAUUUCAAAUAAGCACAACACAAGGAGAAAGAGGACUUCCUGGACAAGGGCAGAAUGGAUCUUCUGUACCACGAUCUCCAGAAUCAACCAAGGAAGACUCAAUUCCCAAAUGCACCGAUGAAAUCAGCCGAGACACUUCAUUCGACCGGGCCUUUCUCUGUCCCCGGGCUGAUUCUCUCAAUAAAUUAUUCGAACAAUUGAGAGGAGAGAAUCAUAGAAUGCGCGUCAAAAUCACGGUGGAGAAGGUGGACGGAGAGCUGAUACUGCGGCCUCCUCCCAGAAUCAUCAUCAUCUCGCUUUUUCUUCAGAACACGAACGUAACACAAAUAUCUGCUGAAACGGAAAACCAGAGCGUCCUGUCCUCGCUGACGGUACUCAUUCUCAGAGAAACGCCCGUGACUGAACAGGCUCUGACGUCCCUGUUGCUGCAUCUUCCUGCUCUCCAACACCUUGACAUCUCCUCUUCUGGCCUUAGUUCCCUCCCUGAGAAAGUUUUCGACAAGAACCCGGAACUGCAAUUCCUCGAUUUAUCGAAUAAUGCAUUUGGGAAAAUAGCACUACCUAGAAAUUUAAUAUUGAGGCUAAUGCACCUCAACAUCUCGAGCUGUCAGCUGGACAAGGUAUCCGUGCUGACGGCGUGCAUGGAGAGGCCGUGCUCCAUGCCCUCCCCUCAGGGGCGCCUCAGAACUUUAGACGUGUCCAACAACUAUCUGAAGUGGCUGCCAAGGAGGCUGGUGAAGUCCCUCAAAAAUGAUUCCUUUGUUAAUAUCAAAGGGAACCGCUGGAACGAGACGUGUGACUGCUCGCUCUACUACCUGUGGCAGUACUCGAGGCAGGCGCUGUACAUUGACGCCAGCGAGGAACUCGACUGCUUCAACGAGACCGUUCUCCGGAGCUGCAGCUGGGACGACUGCCCCGACGAGUGCGACUGCGACAGCGAAACGAAGACGGUGAACUGCACAGGGAAAGGCCUGGCGGAGCUGCCGAUCGUCGUGCCCUCCGAGACCGAAAUCUUCCUGGCGGACAACAACGUCAUCACUAACAUAGAUAACGUGGCCUUUCCCACGUACUGCAACCUCAGGAGCCUCAGUGUCGAACGCAACCUCAUGACUGAGCUUUUGCUCUCAAGAAGAGGGAAAUGCGUUUGUGAUACAGACUUCUACAUUAAGGAUAGCAACUGUUUUCCUCAGCAUCUCCGCACAAUGUCCUUAGAUGAUAACAAGAUUAGGGGACUGACCACUGCUGACUGUCUGUUGCUGCAUCCUCUGACGACACUUACGAUGUCUAGAAAUAAGGUACGCUGUGUUUUUACCUCCGCCAAGGAGGUUAUGUUUUUGACGGCGUUGGUUUGUUGGUUAGUUUGUUUGUUAGCAGCCUAGCUCAAAAAGUGCUGGCCGGAUUUCAUCGAUUUUUUGGGUACAAGUCAGAAAGGGACUAACUUAGAACUGAUUAAGUUUUGGUGACAUUCCGAAUUACCGUCUGGUUAUUAUUAUUAUUAUCAUUAAUUAAUCAAUAAAGUACACAAAUCUACGGUAAACGUGUACCACAUUUCACUGACAUUCCGAAUUACCGUCUGGACGCAGCAGCGGUGUAAGUACAUUAUAUACGCAUACUUUUGUCUCUCUCUCUCUACCUCUCCCUCUCCCUAGCGAUAAUAUUAUUGUUGGUACACAUGUGUCGGGGGUAAU